CCAAGGUGGUCUUUGGUGAGUACCAGCCAACAGGAUACUUUCCAGACUGAGUUUAUUAACCUCUCAAGUCCAGCCUCAUCGUCCAAGAUGGAAGAAACACACGGUUAUAACUUGACUCUUUGCCUGCUGAAGCUCAGUGAUGAAGACUUCAUGGAAUUCAAAGAUAGUCUCAGAAAAGUUCUGGGAUUUAAACCCAAGCCUAUCCCCCGGACUAAGAUUGCAACAGCUUCAAGAAGAGGCCUGGCAAUGCUAUUGAACAAACAUUAUCCAGGGCAGGUAUGGGAUAUAGUACUGAGCCUGUCUCAAAGGGCCAAAUGGAAAAAACUCUUCGACAGAGCUGAGAGACUGAAGAGAGAUGAACGAAGACCAUACAAAGAGACUAUGGAGAUUAUAUUUAAAUACAUAUGGGACUUCGAGAACUACAUUCAUGUGCCUAGUCAUGAAUACAACAUCAUUACAGAAAUGCAGCACAGAACAUUGAAAGAUAUAUUUGAUCUUCAGCUAGAGUCAGUCACUGCAGUCAUCCUGGGUAAUAAAGGAGAAGGAAAAACCACUUUCUUAAGAAAAGCAAUGCUGGACUGGGCAGCAGGAGACUUGUGGCAGAACAGAUUUCACUAUGUUUUCUUCUUCUCUCUCAUGUCACUUAACAACAUCACAGAGUUAAGCUUAGCUCAGCUCAUCUUAAGUAAGUUGUCUGAGUCUUCAGAGACACUGGAGGAUAUCGUAUCUGAUCCUAGGAGAAUCUUGUUUAUUCUGGAGGGAUUUGACUACCUGAAAUUUGACUUGGGACUCCAGACAAACUUGUGCAAUGACUGGAGAAAGAAGGCACCAACACAGAUUGUCUUGAGCAGUUUGCUACAGAAAGUAAUGCUCCAAGAAUCCUCUCUGCUUCUUGAAUUGGGAAACCUAAGUGUACCAAAAAUCUAUCCAUUGCUACAGAAACCAAGGGAAAUAACUAUUGGGGGAUACACUGAGGCGUCUGUAAAGUACUAUUGUUGUUCUUUCAUGCACAGUUUCAAAAAAGGCUCAGAAAUCUUUAAUUAUUUGCAAGCCAUUCAACUAUUACUCACUUUAUGCAAAAAUCCUUAUAAACGCUGGAUGGUCUGCCGUACUUUAAAGUGUCAGUUUAAGAGGGGAGAGAAAUUGAACAUAGCUUUUAAACCAGAUUCAGUUUUGUACACAAGCUUUAUGGUGAGCUCAUUCAGAGCAAAGUAUGCCGGCUAUCCAUCAAGACAGAACAGGAACAAAUUAAUGACCCUGUGUACCUUGGCUGUGGAGGGAAUGUGGAAAUCUGUAUUUGUGUUUAAGUAUGAGGAUCUCCUCAGGAAUGGGAUAUCUGAAUCUGAGCAGAUACUGUGGAUGAAAAUGUAUUUUCUAAAUACAAGAGGUGACUGUUUUGUGUUUUACCAUCCUGCACUGCAGUUGUAUUUUGCUGCCCUGUUCUAUUUCCUCAGACAAGACAAAGACAAACAUCACCCCAUCAUUGGAAGUCUACCCCAACUUCUAAGGGAAAUUUAUGCUCAUGGCCAAAACCAAUGGCUCCUCACAGGGAAGUUUGUGUUUGGAAUUGCCACUGAAAAAAUUGCUGCCAUUCUGGAACCACAUUUUGGGUUUAUACCAUGUGAAAAGAUGAGACAGGAAAUCUUCAAAUGCUUUAGAAGUUUGAGUCAAGGAGAAUGCGGUGAGAAACUGAUUAGUCCUCAGAGUUUGUUUGAUAGCCUGGUCGAAAACCAAGAGGAACAAUUUAUAACACAAGUAAUGGAUAUGUUUGAAGAAAUGACUGUUGACAUCAGCAGUGCUGAUGUAUUGUCAGUGGCUACAACCUGUCUGCUGAAGUCUCAAAGUUUAAAGAAACUUCAUCUGCAUAUACAACAAAGAGUGUUUUCAGAAAUCUACAACCCAGAAGACGGUGACUUAGAAGUCUUUAAACAUGAAAAAAACAAUGCAAUCAAACAUUGGCGUAUGUUAUGCAGAGUUUUCCAGAACUUGGAAGUGUUGGAUCUGGACAGCUGUAAAUUCAAUGUAACAGUGAUUUUUCUUCUUUAUCUAUCAAUGUCUCCAACCCAUAGGGGGCCUCUGAAUGCAUUUAAGCUCCAAAGCUUCUCGUGCUCCUACCUGACUAACUUUGGAUGUGGUUUGUUAUUUCACACACUUCUCCAACUACCUCACCUGAAAUCCUUGAACCUCUAUGGCACUAAUCUCUCCAAUGAUGUGGUUGAGAAUAUGUGCUGUGUGCUGAAAUCCCCAUCAUGCAGAGUGGAGGAGCUGCUAUUGGGGAAAUGUGACAUCUCCAGUGAGGCUUGUGGUGUAAUUGCUACUUCCCUAACCAAAUGCAAGGUGAAACAUCUCUCAUUGGUUGAAAAUCCCUUGAAGAACAAAGGAGUAAUGUUAGUGUGUGAAAUCCUGAAGCAUCCAAGCUGUGUCCUGGAGACACUCAUGUUGUCAUACUGCUGUUUCACCUUCAUUGCCUGUGGCCAUCUCUAUGAAGCCCUUUUACACAACAAAUACCUCUCUCUGCUUGACUUGAGCUCAAAUUUCCUGGAAGAUACUGGAGUGAACAUUCUCUGUGAAGCUUUGAAAGACCCACGAUGUAACCUGCGGGAGUUAUGGUUGUCUGGUUGCUAUCUGACUUCAGACUGCUGUAAGGCGAUUUCUGCUGUCCUUUCGUGCAAUCAAAAUCUAAAGACACUGAAACUGGGCAGCAAUAACAUACAAGACACAGGCAUCAAACAGUUAUGUGAAGCUCUGAGGAACCCUGGAUGUAAAUUGCAGUGUCUUGGGUUGGACAUGUGUGAAUUUACCACUGACUCUUGUGCAGACCUAGCCUUGGCUCUCACCACAUGCAAAACACUGACCGUCCUGAGCCUGGACUGGAUGACCUUGGGCCACAAUGGUCUGGAGCUCCUGUGUGAGGCUUUGAAUCACAGAGCCUGUAACUUGAAGGUGCUGGGAUUGGACAAAUCUGCAUUUUGUGAGGAAUCACAGAUACUACUGCAAGACGUGGAAAAGAAAAAUAACCUGAUUAUUUUGCAUUAUCCCUGGAUCAAAGAGGAAAACAAGAAGAGGGGUGUUCGUCUGGUGUGGAACAGCAAGAAUUGAUCUGGAAACAAUGGCUUUUCCUUCAUCAUAUUUCUGCUCCACUCGCUGUUGCAUGACUGACACUGGAAGUUGACUCCAGGGUUGUUCUCUCACAGUGUCCUGGCUACUCCCAUCUUCAUACUUCUCCUCACCACUUUGAAGAAUUUAGAUAACACACACAUUUAAGAAACGCUAGCGUGUUUAAAAUAUGAAUGAUUCUUUAAUGGCUGUCUCAGAGUGUUAUAGAUUGAAACUGAAGAGAUCCUGAUACUCUUUUAGUUCUGGUUGGGAGUGCUGUUUGUGACAUGUCCACGCUUGGUGUCAUUCUCAGUGCAACCAACAUGCACCUGAACUGUAGUUCAUGCUGUGACCCUGAAAAACACAAUCAUCAGAGUGCAGAUAGUUGGGAGCAUGAAGAUAAUACCUAGAACCUCCAAAGUUAAAAUCAGGAAUCCAUACUUUCGAAAAUGUGAUCUGAAAAUUCUAUUUCUAAGUUCCAGGAAUCAGACCUAAGAUUCCAACUUUAUCCCCUCAAAAAGAGUUAAAAAUUCUACCUGCUCUUGAGAAGUGCAGAGUUCAAACCAAAGCACAUACACUGUGUGGCUCAAAUCUACCUGUGACUCCAGCUCUAUGGCAUCUGACAUGCUCUCUAGGCUUCAAAAGCACACACAGAUACACAUGUACAUGCAAGCAUACAUAAUAAAUAUCUAAAAUUUAAGGCUUUACACAUUAACUGUUAAUCACUAUUCCAUUUCCUAUAAGUCACAAAAAAGUGAGUCCUUUUAGACAAUAUUUUAAAGUUUAAUGAUCUAAAUCAUAAGUUCUCAAGUUGUGAGACAGCCAUUAAACAUUCAUGUUUUCAAAAAUGCUUAGAGUUUAUUGAAUGUGUUUGUUAUCUAAAUAUUGCAAAGUGGUAAGGAGAAGUAUGAAGAUGGAAAGGGUCAGGACACUGAGAGUACUUGUGGGUCAAGACCCAAAAGGGAUUAUAUGCCAUAUAACCUGCUUAUCAGAUAUUUAUAAAACAACUCACAGUGGUAGCAAUCUUAGUUUAAAACUAGCAAUGUAAUAAUUUAAUUGUUGGGUGCUCACAAAAAUAUGAACUACAUUAAAGAGUUGCAGAUUAGGGAUGUCAUGAAUCACUGAGUAAUUAGAUUAUUUUUCCUGUUAUUAAAAUAUUUGCAUCAUG